AUGUCACAUACGACGACGGCGCCUAAGAUCGAUAUCUUCAUCGAUCGUGGUGGCACUUUCACGGACUGCAUCGGCAUCCCCCAGGCCGGCGACCAGGGUGACAUAGUGAUAAAACUGCUGUCUGUCGAUCCCGCUAAUUACGAAGAUGCACCCACCGAAGGCAUCCGGCGAAUUUUGGGGGCGUUUACGGGCCGGCCGCACCCAAGAGAUGCCAAGCUCAACUCCGACUGCAUUGGCAUCAUCCGGAUGGGGACAACGGUUGCCACCAAUGCGCUUCUCGAGAGAAAGGGGGAACGCUCCGCCCUGUUAAUCACCGAGGGCUUCCGUGAUGCUUUAGAGAUUGGCUACCAGGCACGGCCGAAACUCUUCGACCUCGCCAUCAACAAGCCUGAAGUUCUCUAUUCGGAGGUCGUCGAGGUCGAAGAACGAGUGACUAUGGAAGACUCGACGAAAGAUCCUUUCCAAGGCAUCAUCGACGUCAACUCUGACUCGGCAUUGAGGGUUGGCCAGAGUGGUGAUAUCAUCCGCAUUCUGAAGCCCCUUGACAUUGACAGUACGAGGAAGUCCCUCGAGGUGCUCUACAAGAAGGGGUAUCGGAGCAUAUGUAUAUGUCUCGCACACAGCUAUAGUUUCCCCGACCACGAGAACGCUGUCCGCGACAUUGCCCAACAGGUCGGGUUCACCAGCAUAUCUGCAUCCGCAAGUCUCAUCCCGAUGAUAAAAUUGAUAUCGCGCGGCAUGAGCGCCACGGCCGACGCGUAUCUUACCCCCGAGAUCAGGAGAUAUGUAUCCAAUUUCAGGCGCGGAUUCAAAGAUGGACUCUGCAGCACGAGAUGCCAGUUCAUGCAGAGCGAUGGCGGGCUCGUUGACGUUGAAAAAUUCUCAGGUCUGCGAGCUAUCUUAUCCGGACCUGCUGGCGGCGUGGUUGGAUAUGCCAAAACAUCGUGGCAUCCUGACGACCCUACGCCGGUCAUCGGCUUCGACAUGGGAGGCACUUCGACGGAUGUGAGUCGCUACGAUGGCGAGCUCGGCCACGUUUUCGAAACUACAACUGCCGGGGUUACCAUACAGUCUCCUCAGCUGGACAUCAACACCGUGGCGUCUGGCGGAGGGAGCAUCCUUGGCUGGAAGAAUGGACUCUUUACUGUCGGACCGGAGAGUGCAUCGGCUCAUCCGGGUCCAGCGUGCUAUCGGAAAGGUGGUCCGCUGACCGUAACGGAUGCCAACCUUUUCCUAGGUCGGCUACUUCCAGAGUAUUUCCCUGCUAUAUUUGGACCUGACGAGAAUCUCCCCCUUGACCACAAAGUCACAAAGAGUAAGUUUCUAGACCUGACCGACUCCAUCAACUCCGCGUCGGCAACCAAGAAGACUCCCGAAGAGGUCGCACUCGGGUUCUUGGCCGUGGCCAACGAAGCCAUGUGUCGACCCAUUCGCGCGUUAACGGAAGGGAAGGGUUAUCACACUUCUGCUCAUCACCUCGCCGUUUUCGGAGGAGCUGGCGGGCAGCACGCGGCCUCCAUUGCCCGAAACCUAGGCAUCGGCACCGUUCUUAUUCACAAAUACUCGAGUAUCCUGUCGGCAUACGGAAUGGCCCUCGCGAACCUUGUAGAAGAAGCCCAGGAGCCUUCUUCCCUUACCUUAGAACCGUCAUCGCAGCCCGAGAUCUUGGAGAGGUUUGAGACUUUGAAGGAGCGUGCCACACAGGGCCUUCUGCAGCAGGGGGUUUCUUCUGUGAAGUACAUAAAAACCCAAGAGUUCUUGAAUCUGCGCUACGAGGGCACUGAUACCCAAAUGAUGGUGCCGCUGCCGGACGAUGGAGACUUUAGGCGGGCCUUUGAAGACCUUCACCAAAAGGAGUUCUCAUUCCUUUUGCCGUCGCGAAGCAUCGUCGUCGACGACAUUCGUGUUCGAGGUAUCGCGAAGGAAUUCGAGCGGCCGUCCCAUAACGUGUACAGAGAAAUCGUCGACACGAUGGCAGUUCCAGCUACAGCCCCCGAGAAGCUGACGAAAGCCUGCUUUGCCAGCGUCGGGUGGCUUGAUACACCGAUCUUCCUCUUGCGAAAUCUCCAACGAGGCGCUCAGAUCGAAGGUCCGGGAAUCAUCAUCGACAACACACAGACGAUUGUCGUGACUCCGUUCUCAACCGCGAAGGUACUCUCGGAGCAUGUUGUCCUCGCUGUUGGUUCCCAGAACCAAACGGCUGUGCCCCAGUCUUUGUCAUCGACGGAUCCAGAUCCAGUUCAAUUAUCCAUAUUUGGCCAUCGCUUCAUGUCCAUUGCCGAACAAAUGGGUAGGACACUGCAGAAGACGGCGGUAAGCAUCAAUAUCAAAGAAAGGCUCGAUUUCUCUUGUGCGAUAUUCGGCCCUAGCGGUGACCUAGUAGCAAAUGCGCCACACGUACCGGUUCAUCUUGGAAGCAUGGCCUAUGCCGUGAAGUAUCAACACGAAAGAUAUGGUGGCGCACUUCGACCAGGCGAUGUCCUAGUUUCAAACCACCCGAUUGCCGGGGGGACACAUCUGCCAGACAUCACCGUUAUUACGCCGGUUUUUGACCCUAGUGGUAAAGAGAUUAUAUUUUACACCGCUUCUCGGGGCCACCACCGAGACAUUGGUGGUCUUGAGGGUGUUUCUGGCAAUGCCAAUGCUACCUCCCUUUUCCAUGAGGGUGCGAGAAUUGUGUCUUUCAAGCUCGUUUCGAAUGGCUGUUUUGACGAGGAGGGCAUCACGAAGAUACUCGUCAACGAGCCGGGACAGUUCCCUGAUUGCGUCGGGACAUCCAGCCUUUACGACAACCUUUCGGACUUGCGAGCCCAGGUCGCCGCGAAUGUCAAGGGAUCGAAACUUAUCGAAAGUCUCUUCCGAGAGUACGGGCGCAAGACUGUCCAGUUCUAUAUGGACCGAAUCCAGGCGAAUGCAGAGGUUGCAGUGCGAAAGUUCCUCCAAAGGACCUCGGAACGGCUGGGUGGGAGGAAUCUGAGCGCAGUAGACAGCCUAGACAACGGAACUCGCAUACGGCUCGAAAUCCAGAUCAACCCAGACGGCAGCGCCGUUUUCGACUUCACGGGCACGGGCCCCGAGGUGGUCGGAAACAACAAUGCACCCAAGAGCAUCUGCCUGUCUGCGAUUAUUUAUUCCUUGCGUUGUCUCAUCAACGAAGAAAUACCAUUGAAUCAGGGCUGCCUGUCCUCAAUCCGAGUCGUAAAUCCCGAAGGCAGCAUCCUGAAUCCCAGCGACCAGGCGGCCGUCUACGCUGGGAACACGCAGACGAGUCAGCGCAUCGUCGAUGUUAUCCUCAGAGCAUUCGACGCGUGCGCCGCAAGCCAAGGAUGCAUGAAUAGCGUGGGGUUUUUCGGCGGCCGCGACAGAAAGCCCAAGGACGGUUACAAGUUCGCGUACGGCGAAACCAUCUGCGGUGGCUCGGGCGCAGGCCCCGGGUGGAACGGCGCGAGCGCUGUGCACUGCCACAUGACUAACACCCGCAUCUCGGACGCCGAGGUAAUGGAGAAACGUUACCCCAUCAUUCUGCGGCGGUUCUCUCUCCGCCACGGCUCGGGCGGGCGGGGACAGUACAAGGGAGGCGACGGCGUCGUGCGAGAGAUCGAGUGCCGGGAGCCGCUGACCUUCUCGAUGAUAUCGGAGCGGCGCGUCAGUCGGCCGUACGGUCUCCACGGCGGCGAGGACGGGGCCCCGGGCGAGAAUCUGAUCGUUAGGAAGACUGAAGGGAGGGAGAGGGUAGUCAGUCUCGGCCCGCGUGGCCUGGUCAAGUUGCAGGCCGGCGAAAGAUUCAUCGUCAAGACUCCCGGUGGAGGCGCUGUGUUUGCGCAUUCGGGAUAUUUCGAAAUUCUGUGGACUAGAGAGGUGUGUGUUGUGCCAUCCAAGAAGUGGUUGUUGUUAAGUCAGCCCCCUAACCACUAUCGCCCUAGAUGCCCCUAUUAG